GGCGUAACGCUAGCCAUACAGGGAAAACGUCAAAGCCAGCCCCAACUCGACCACAGAUCCAACGCGGUGGCAAGCGAGAUGGCAGCCGCAGCCCGCAGCCCACAAGCGCAGGGUGCCAUGUCUGAACCAUGCGUCCACGCCUGUCACCAUGAUCAGCCGAUCACUGCUAGUGCUAGCAGACUAGCAUCACACCGCGACCCACCGGCGUGUUUUAGCUUUCAAGGCUACUCUCCGUCAUAGUAGCACCAUCCUCUUCCGGAGGGAAGUCGAGCCCGCCACCUGCUUGUGCAAAUGCGCAAGACGACGGCCGUAACGGCAGCGCCACUCGUCAUGCACCAGAUUACUCUGGGAACCACAGUGGAUAACGGGGGACCGAGGACAAGAUUGACAUUAGGGGAACCGAAUUCCAGCACUCAGACGCACUUCUGCUUUACUCGUAGUUUGAAGCUAGGCAAUUCGUCAAGAGCCAGGUACAUGCAGCUCCUUGCUGACGAGGGGCGCGCAGGAGCAGCAAUUUUCGCAUGUGCAGAUAUGUUCCAAUGAGACCAUCUCAUGGAACCACAGAAGAAAGAAAAGACCGGCGAUCUUCUCUCUCUCAAGUGGAUGGCACAGAACUAGCACACGGUUACAUGCUGAGCUAUGCCCCAUGGAUCACUUCCGUCGUAAAGGUCAGAACUAUCAACUGCCAGUUCGUCUUGUAGAUGUGUCACUAAUUAGGCAUUUAGAUAGUAGAUGAUGCUUCAGACAGAUAGCGUCGCACUUGGGCAAUUGAGCUAUCCGUAGGCAUAGCUGGGACUCAUAGCCAUAGGGUUGUCUCGAAUGGUGUAAAGGUAUGAAUCUGAUUGACUAUUACUGAUUAGGCUUUGCUCUCACACAGUUUUAGUACUAGAAGCUGUACUCCGCUUUGCCUAAUUACAGAGAACACGUGUCAGAAACCAUUGGAGUACUAGGAGCGGCAGACUCUGCUUUAUCUAUUCCCUUGCACAUACCUAAACUUUAUUUUAAACAAAUAUGCCCGAGAUUGUGCCUAUUUCUGUUAAAAUUAUCUUAGAAACUAGUGCAUAAACUAUUAGUAUCUUUAAUCGUGCUGCUGUUCAUGGGAAUGUGGUGAAACUCUGAAUAGAAAUACUGCAUGUGAUCUGCUUAACAACCGGUAUAUCUGCCAAGGUGGAAUAGUGCCAGAACCCAGAAGUAUGCUAACUAAGCAUGUUUUUUUAAUGAGAAACAUCAGAGGACAAAUUGGACACCACAAAAAUCACACUAGAUUUGGUGAAAAGGGAAGGCAUGAUGUACCUAUAAGCAGGCAUGAUGUAGCUAUAAACCAGUUAACAAUAUCAUGUAGAUGUAUAGUCUGGUCUUUCUAGCCACAGUUCUGCUUCGCUAAAUGUUAAUCAUUCUUUGACAUUUCUUAGUCACCUAGGCAUAAAUAAUGUGUGGUAGGUUUAGCUUUGUGGCCCACCAAUUCAUGCAUGGCAAUAUAACAAUUGUAGGCUGAUAUUUAUUAGCUUAGGUGUGGACCGAACCAUCUAAAAGCGUAAAUAUGAAUCACAUUUAUCUAGUGCAUGCUGGCUUACCCUCCGGUGGGUGGGCAUGUUGGGCACAACAAGAUGGGACCAUAUCCUGGAAUUCUCUGAUGGCAACAAGGAUAUAAAUGACCUUUUCCCCUGAUAUUGGUUGACCAUUAAGUCAGAUCACUGCAGCAUAUCUAUGACUGAGCAGAACUUUGGCUGCAUUCUCUGGUAGCCUUGUCCUUCCCAGUUCUCUUUUGCAAAAUUCCCAAACUCAGAACAUUCUAACCUUCUGUAUCCACUGAGCAGAACUUUUGCAAAAUUCCAAAAAUCAUACUUUAAAAUUGCUCCGUGUCCAUUUCUUACAGUCUUCCAACUCUCCUUCUCAACUUGUAUAUACAAGCACUCACUAGAUUGCUAUUUAAGCUGAACACCUUCUCAACGAGUGUACUGUGUACUAUGUGAUACUAGUCCUACUCAUACUUAACACUUGUUAUGGCCUUUUAAUUUUUCUUUAUUAAUUGCUAGACUAGUUAUAGGCUAAGCCAAGUUAAAGUAACGAAUACAGUCUAGAAUUGAUUGUAUGUGGUUAGGGGGUACGGCAGAAUACAUAGUCGGUGCUUGCCAGUAGUUUGAGAAGGUCAGCUUGUUAGUUUGGGUUACCCCAAGAAAGUAAGUAGCUUGACCUCUCGGCCUUAAAAACACAAUGCCAAUAGGCAUGAAAAAUUCUCAGCAUUGGUAGUGAUAUCAUCUAGCAUCGUACUAAAUUGUCAACUCAAACUCUGAAUAUACAAGAGAAACCAAAAAUACAAAUUUGAAUGCUCGUUAUUGUCCUUUCCUGAUUCCAUGAAAAGUUAUCCUUUUUCUCGUUUCCUCCUGGUCACUGUUUGAAUUGGAAUAUGUUUGGAUGUUUGAUGCUAGCAUACUGCACACCAAUGAUUUUUCUUGAAACUUUUCAUGACUCGUUUAGGCCCUGUUUGUUUCCUUCCAGGAUUAUAUAAUCCAGCUUAUGGAUUAUAUAAGCACCUAGACCUGCUUAUGGAUUAUCAUAAUCUAGGUAUCUAGAUUACAUAAUCCACAUAAUAAUGUAUAUUGUUUGUUUACCUCUCAACUUAUUUGGUGUUUCAAAGCUUGGGAUAGUUUUUGGAAUGCAGGAUUAUCUCCUAAUGCCGUCUAAGAACUGAAAUGCUUGGAUAUUCUGUUGCCUAGGCCAUUUAUGGUGUGUUUGGUUUGUGGAGUCACUAUGCUUCAUGAGGUGAUGCAUCAUAAGUUCAUUCCAUAAAUUUUAGUGGAAUCAACCCACUCCUCAUGUAUAUACUAAUUAUUAGCUUAUGAGGAAUGAGGUGGUGAUAGAUCAACCCAUUCUAUUCCACAAACCAAAUAAAAAAGUGAGCAGUGAGAAGAAAAUAGAUCACUUCAUUACUCGAACCAAACACACUCUUAAUAGGUGCUUGGCAGGCACCACUUCAGGUGGGUGCAUACACUGACCUACUGGCGCUGAGUGCGGCAGCAAACCUGAAACGAAGUGCACAGUCCUGUUGCUUCGUUUCAGUCCUGUUGCAAUCCUUCCCACAAUCUUCUGUGCUGUGCUCGCCGGAGCCCACCAGCGCUGCUGACACCCGUCACUUUCGCCACCGUCGCUGUCUCCUGGCGCGGCUGCGCACAGCUGCUCCCCGUCCUCCCCAACCCACUCAUCAUGCACAAACCGGGUUAAAAAGCCGCGCGUCGUGCGCUGGGCAAUCAUGGCAUCCCCGAAGACGUCUGCUACAUCCGUUCCAACCCACGGAAGGCAGACCUGCAGCAGCACCAAUGCUUCGCUCUCUCCAGUUUGGUUGUUUCAUAACAAGGUCGGUUGAUCUCGAUCGAGCUAGCGGCCGAUCUGAUUGUCCGUCGUUGCCACCCCCGUGGUGUUUUACAAGUGCCAUCCGACGAGGAGACGAUGAGGGUCCGCAUGGACAUUCUCCUCCUGCUAAUCCUUGUCGUCCCCUUCCUCGCCGCAUCGACGUCGGCGGACGGGAAGGCCGGAGACAUGCAGCGGCGGCGGCGGCGACAGGUCCUGCUGCGGGACAAGGCGACUCUGCUGGACCUGAAGCAGGGGCUCAGGCUGUCAUCUUCAGCGGCCCUGGCGGACUGGAACGAGUCCAACGGCGACGUCUGCGGCUUCACCGGCGUCACCUGCGACUGGCGGCGGGAGCACGUUGUUGGGCUCUCUCUCGCCAACUUGGGCAUCAGUGUUGCUAUUCCACGGGUCAUUGGCAAUCUCUCGCACCUCCGGGGCCUCGACGUGUCCAACAACACAAUCUCUGGCCAGAUACCGACGUCCGUCGGCAACCUCACGCGACUGGAGCGCCUCUUCAUGAACAACAACGACAUCUCGGGCACCAUCUCUUCAAUCUUCAGCAACCUCUUACCACUCCAGAGGCUCCGGAAACUAGACCUCUCCUACAAUAGCAUCUCCGGUGCCAUUCCGCUGGACAUCGGCAGAUUUGGGCAACUCCAAAGCUUUAACAUCACCUACAACAACAUCUCCGGCGCCGUCCCUCCGUCCAUCGGCAACCUGACUCUCCUUGAGUACCUCUACGUGCAAACCAACUUCAUCUCUGGAGAAAUAUCUCUGGCCAUCUGCAACCUAACAAGCCUCGUGGAGCUUGAAAUGUCCGGCAACCACCUCACGGGGCAGAUUCCAGCCGAGCUCUCCAACCUCCGCAACAUUCAGGCGAUUCAUCUCGGCACCAACAAUUUCCACGGGGGGAUACCACCUUCCCUGUCCGAGCUGACGGGCUUGUUCUAUCUCGGACUCGAGCAAAACAACCUGUCCGGGACCAUCCCACCAGCUAUCUUCCUGAACCUCACAGGGUUGCAUCUCUUCGACGUCGGCAGUAACGAUGUUUCUGGCGAGAUCCCCGGCGCCAUCUCGAGCACCGGCUGCGCGUUCUUCGUCAUCAACCUCUACUCCAACAAGCUCCAUGGGACGCUUCCACGGUGGAUCGCCAACUGCACCGAUCUUAUGACGCUAGAUGUAGAGAGCAACUUGCUGGACGACGAGCUGCCUACGAGUAUCAUCUCGGGCAAGAAGGGGUUCAAGUUCCUGCAUUUGUCUAACAACCGUUUCCAGAGCCAUGACGGCAACAGCAACCUGGAGCCAUUCUUCGUCGCGCUGUCCAGCUGCACGAGCUUGCAGGAGGUGGAGGCCGCCGCCGUCGGCAUGGGAGGGCAGCUGCCAAGUCGGCUGGGCUCGCUGCUCCCGAGCAACAUGUGGCACCUCAACCUGGAGCUGAACGCCAUCGAGGGCCCAAUCCCGGAGUCUAUCGGGGAAGUUAUCAACAUGACGUGGAUGAACCUGUCGAGCAACUUCCUGAACGGGACGAUCCCGACGUCCCUUUGCCGGCUGAAGUGCCUGCAGCAGCUCGUGCUGUCAAACAACUCCCUGACAGGCGAAAUUCCGGCGUGUAUUGGCAGCGCCACGCAGCUUAUCGCGCUCGAUCUGUCGGCCAACGUGCUGUCAGGGGCCAUCCCAAGCAGCAUAGGGAGCCUUGCCGAGCUCCAAUCUCUCUUCCUGCAGGGAAACAAGCUGUCUGGGGUCAUACCUCCGAGCCUCGGCCAUUGUGCCGCUCUGUUGCACAUCGACCUCUCCAGCAACAGCUUGACUGGGGUGAUAUCAGAGGAGAUCGCCGGCAUCGUGACACUGAACCUGUCGCGCAAUCAGCUUGGGGGCAUGCUGCCGGCUGGCCUCAGCAGCAUGCAGCAUGUGCAAGAGAUCGACCUGUCCUGGAAUAACUUCAACGGUGAGAUCUUGGCCAACAUCGGAAACUGCAUUGAGUUGACAGUGCUCGACCUCUCACACAACUCGCUUGCCGGCAACCUCCCUUCGACACUCAGCCAGCUGAAGAACCUGGAAAGCCUCAAUGUCGCGAACAACAACCUCAGUGGUGAGAUCCCCAUUAGCCUGGCCAAUUGCGACAGGCUGAAAUAUCUCAAUCUGUCAUACAACGACUUCAGCGGCGGCGUCCCCACCACCGGCCCUUUCGUGAAUUUCAGCUGUCUCUCCUACCUCGGCAACCGUCGCCUCUCUGGUCCUGUGCUCAGGCGUUGCGGAGGUCGCCACCGCUCGUGGUACCAGUCCCGGAAGUUCGUAGUCAUCUUGUGUGUCUGCUCGGCGGCUCUGGCGUUCGCGCUGACGAUCCUCUGCACUGUCAGCGUCCGCAAGAUCCGCGAGCGGGUCGCGGCAAUGCGGGAGGACAUGUUCAGUGGCCGCCGCGGCGGCGGCUCGUCGCCAGUGAUGAAGUACAAGUUCCCCCGGAUCACGUACAGGGAGCUGGUCGAGGCCACCGAGGAGUUCAGCGAGGACCGGCUUGUCGGGACGGGCAGCUACGGGCGGGUGUACCGCGGCACGCUACGCGACGGCACCAUGGUGGCCGUGAAGGUGCUGCAGCUCCAGACGGGGAACUCGACCAAGAGCUUCAACCGCGAGUGCCAGGUCCUGAAGCGCAUCCGGCACCGGAACCUCAUGCGCAUCGUCACGGCGUGUAGCCUGCCGGACUUCAAGGCGCUGGUGCUGCCGUUCAUGGCCAACGGCAGCCUCGAGCGGUGCCUCUACGCGGGGCCACCGGCGGAGCUGAGCCUUGUGCAGCGGGUCAACAUCUGUAGCGACAUCGCCGAGGGGAUGGCCUACCUGCACCACCACUCGCCGGUCAAGGUCAUCCACUGCGACCUCAAGCCGAGCAACGUCCUCAUCAACGACGACAUGACCGCGCUCGUCUCUGACUUCGGCAUCUCCAGGCUCGUCAUGAGCAUCGGCGGGGUGGCCAACACUGCCGACGUCGGCGCCUCCACGGCGAACAUGCUGUGCGGCUCCAUCGGAUACAUCCCUCCAGAGUACGGCUACGGCUCGAAUCCGACGACAAAGGGCGACGCGUACAGCUUCGGUGUGCUGGUGCUGGAAAUGGUGACAAGGAGGAAGCCAACCGACGACAUGUUCGACGCCGGACUGAGCCUGCACAAGUGGGUUAAGACCCACUACCACGGCCGCGCCGACGCAGUGGUCGACCAGGCACUGGUGCGCAUGGUCCGGGACCAGACGCCCGAGGUGAGAAGGAUGUCGGACGUGGCCAUCGGUGAGCUACUGGAGCUUGGCAUCCUCUGUACCCAAGAGCAAUCGUCCGCUCGGCCAACCAUGAUGGACGCAGCCGACGACCUGGACCGCCUCAAGCGGUACCUCGGCGGCGACACCACGGCCACCUUCGCGUCAUCGCUGGGAUUCUCCUCCACCACGCUAGAAGUGGAAGACAUCGAUUGACCACGAGGUAAGGUAUAAUUUUUUUAAGCGGAUGCAAAAACACAUAGGAUUAAUUCGUUGAAGGUGUCUGAUUGAUGUAAUAAUAUAAGCCUUGGCCAUAGAUCUAUCUAUAUGGCUUAUACAUAUGAUUUCUGUUCCACAAGGAGUUACUGAAUUGCUCGCUCGUCUGUUUCUCUUUCUGGGACGUGCUGCUCCGUUCGCGUUCGACAAUAUCCGCGAGCGAUCGCAGAUCCAUAGGCGUGUGUGGCGUAAGCGGCUCCCUCAGACGCGAGCGAUACUUAGACGCGAGCAUGGCUCUGUUUUUGUUAUAUUUUGUAUACAUAUUUAUAUCAAUGUCAAUAGAUUUUUUACGAUAUAUUUUAGUUUAUAGCUCCGCUUCCAUCUAUUAUCUGUUUAUUGUACACAAACGAUUUAUUGAUUUUAUAAAUUAUCUUGUUA